AUGUCAGAUGAGGUCAUUGUAAAUGCGAAUGAACAAUUCAAUUGUUCCAAUUGUAAUCUAUCAUUAAUUGGACAAAAAUAUAUACUGAAUGAUGAGAAACCAUACUGUGUUGCCUGUUAUGAAAGUAAAUUCAGUCAUACAUGUGAAUUAUGCAAAGAGAAAAUUACCUGUGAUUCUAAAGAUCUUUCAUUCAAGGAUAAACAUUGGCAUGAAAGGUGUUUCUUCUGUAGUGUUUGUCAAGCAUCGUUAGCUGAUAAACCAUUCGCCACAAAAGACAAUGAUUUAUACUGUCCAGAAUGUUAUGAUGAGAAAUUUUCACCUCGUUGUGAUGGUUGCAAAAAGAUAUUCAAGGCUGGUUCACGUAAAUACGAAUAUAAAGGAUCAACAUGGCAUGAAGAGUGUUUCACUUGCAUAGAAUGCAAACAACCGAUUGGAGCUAAAAGUUUCGUACCAAAAGAUGAUGGUGUAGUAUGUGUACCAUGUUAUGAAGAGAAAUAUUCACAAAAAUGCUGUAAAUGUAAUAAGGCCAUUCAAAAAGGUGGGGUAACUUAUAAAGGUCAACCAUGGCAUAAAACGUGUUUCUUAUGCACAAAUUGCAGUUGUGAAUUAGCUGGUCAAAAGUUUACAUCACGUGAUGAGAAACCUUAUUGUGCAGAUUGUUAUACACAAUUAUUUGCAAAACAUUGUGCAAAGUGUACAAAACCAAUUAGUGGUUUCGGCGGCUGCAAAUUUGUAACAUUUGAAGAAAAACAUUGGCAUUCUGAUUGUUUCAAUUGCAGUAAAUGUCAAAAUAGUCUGGUAGGCAAAGGAUUCCUUGUUUCGGAUGAUGGGGUUGUUUGUCCUGAAUGUGCAAGAUAAUGAAGUGAACACACAAGCAAGUAAGCACAAAAUCACAAUGACAAUAGUAAAAAGUCUAAAUGAUAUCAGUAAGAAUGAGAAUAAAACUUUCAAUAUUUUCAGUACAAUCAUAAAAAUACACAGAAAGUUAAUAUACAUGAUUAUGUUUUGUGGUUUUCCUCAUUAAUAUACAUUUAUGUAUUUAUUUAUUGUAAGCUGAUUUUCUCUUUUUGGUAGCUGCUUUCCUUUUAUUUAUUCACUAGUUUAUUAACGAUCCCAACUGUUCUUCAUUCAUUUUAUUGAUUAUAUUUAUAGUACUUAUAUCGUUUAUAAGUAGUGUCUGCUCUUUUAAUUUUUAUUUGCUUAUUUUCAAUAACCUACAUUUCACUCCGAAAUUAAAUUAUCUCUGAUUGAUUCCGAAGUUGCUUAAACAUUUACCUAGAUAUUUACCCUUUAUGGUAUCUUUUCACUUAAUCACACAUGAACGCAGCAAAUAAUUUCUCUAUGCAAUUUAUAUCAGAUCAUUUUUGUGGAUUGACAUGAAGAAAAGUUGAUCUGUUGACAUGUAAUGCUUAACUUCUUAAAUUCAACUUUCACUAUUGUUUGUUAUCAAGGCAUUUCCUAAUUAUCCGGAAACAAAAAGAGGGGAAGAGAAAACAAUAAUGAGAGUGAAUAAUAAAUAAGAAACAUCAAUUAUCCUAUUUAUUAAAACAAUAUCCUUUCAUUAUCAUAUUCAUUUAUAUUUGAUUUAUGUUUAUUGUCACCGUCAUAUUUCUAUGAUUGUGUUUUCCUACUAUUUUUCUCUUUAUAAUGUUAUUAUCAUUGUAAUAGUGGUUUGAUAACUGUGAUGGUAUGAUAAAGAUAAUUUCAAACAUUACAAUACUUCCGCUAGUCAAACAUUUGUUUUUGUGUGUGAGUUUGUGAUCCUUUUUAUUUUGAAUUUAUUGCUUGUGCUUUUAUUGACCUUUUUAUUGGGUCAAAGUAAGAAAGAUAAUAUUUAUUAAUGUAAUAUUAUAAACUUUUUUUUCAAUUGAAUAUCAAUCACAGUAAAGAAAAACAAAUGUCUUCUACUGCAAUGAAUGAUAUUUUAAUUUUUCUUGAAUACUUAGUUCUUAUCAUUAUCAUUAUAUGUUAAGUUAUAAAGUUCAGUGGAAUCAUUACUGUUAUAGUCUCUAUGAAGUACAGUGAGUAUUAUGCCGAUAAGUGUUAAAGAGAAGUAGUGAUAACGUUUCAUAAAAUAUGACGAAAUGACUGUUCAGAGCUGUGAAAUGUGUAUUACGUUUCUUGGUUCAUAUAAACACUAUAUAUAUUGAAAAUGCAUAGCAAAAUAGAUGUUAGGUCAAAUGAACACCAGUGAUGAUAUCUGACCACUCAAGAUAUAUUCACAUACACGAAGCUUUCUGAAUGAAUCCAUUUAAAAUUUAGAACUCAUCAGUUGGUGGCAUUUUUAUCCUCGUUUUGGUGUUCCAACUAAAAUAAAAGCUUGUACCAUUAUCUAAUGGGCUACUGGUUUAAAAUGAUUAUCUUUUUUAUAUUGAACAUUUUAAUAUAUGUUAGAACCUUUAAUUUCUUUGUAUCUCGAUAUAUUUGGUUGCACUAAAAUACCCUCUACUUGUGUUGACG